AUGGGUGAUAUGAAUGCUGCCAGUUUUGUCGCAACGCCUGUGCUUGGGAACAUCAGCGAUUUGAGUCAGCAGGUGUGGGUCUUGCAGGGUGAGACCCUUGUGGUGGUUCCUUGGAGUGAUGGUGUAGUUCCAGUCACUGUCACUGUUAUCACAUGCAAAUAUCCGGAGGCUCUUGAGCAAGGAAAAGGGGAUCCCAUUUAUUUGGGAAUCCGGAAUCCAGAAAUGUGUCUGUUUUGUGAGGAUGCUGGGGGACAGCCCACCCUGAAGUUGAAGGAGCAGAAGAUCAUGGAACUGUACUACCAAGCCGAGCCCGUGAAGCCCUUUCUUUUCUACCGUGUCAAGACUGGAAGGACCUCCACCUUCGAGUCUGUGGCCUUCCCUGGCUGGUUCAUUGCCUCCUCCAAGGGAAAACAGCCCCUCUUCCUCACUUCAGAUCAAGGGCAAUCAUUCAAUACUGCCUUUGACUUAAAAAUAAAUGAAGAGAAUAAAGCCUUGCUUUUCCACCAGCCAUCUUUAGAUGAUACAAGGUCUGACGAUUAA